UUGUAUAGAAUUAAAAAUUAUUAUCAAAACAUAUAUUUAUUACAAUUAUUAAAAUAUUUCCUUGAAUAUUGUACUUCUCACCUAUCUCUAAAACCUAUAUUAAUUUAUCAUUAUUUAAUUCAAUGAAAUAUUACCUCUUCUUAAUGUGAAUGUAAAAAUGAUGCAUCUGAAACUAAAUUAUAUUUUAUUUUCUCUAUGUGUUUUGAGUACAAACAAUUAUGUAUUUUCUGAGCUCAUAACCUUAACGGCUAUUGGUGCUGCUACAGCAAUAGGUGGAGCAUCAUUGUUUAAAUGGGGACCUCUUAUCAAAGAUAACACUAUAUGUCGUUAUAUGGAGUGCUGUAAUGAAGCUUAUAUUCCUUAUGAUUUGGAAAAAUUGAAACAGUCUUUUGAACAAAAACUGAUUGGUCAACCAUUAGCUGGUGAAUUAGUUAAUAUUUUACGUGCUCAUAAAGAAGCAAUGCUUGAUGGUAGCAAACCUAACAAAAAAGCUUUGGUUAUAAGUAUACAUGGAUUAUCUGGAGUUGGUAAGAAUUAUGCAUCAACAUUGAUUGCUGAAGCUUUGUAUAAAGAAGGCAUGCAUAGUAAAUUUGUAAAAGUAUUUAUGGGCAGCACAGAUUUUGAUUGUACAGAUGUACAAAAGAGUCGAGAAAAAUUCAUUACAAUAAUUCGAAAAAUGGUGAAUGCUUGCCGAAAACCUUUAAUAAUCAUUGAUGAAAUACAUCAUAUGUGUCCGUCAGUUCUUGAUGCAAUAAAGCCUAUGGUUGACCACCAUCAUGCUGUGGAUGGUGUAGAUUUCAGGGACAGUGUUUUCAUAUUUAUAUCAAACACUGGUGGUAAAGAGAUAGCAGACAAUUUGCUAGAUUUGUAUGUACAGGGUGUGAAAAGAAAUAGUGUUGAAUUUAAUCAGUUUGAACCUACAAUAAGAAGAAUAGCAUAUCGUCAAGGUGGUUUUGAAAAAGCAGCAAUAGUUGCACAUCAUUUGAUCGAUCACUACAUACCAUUUCUACCUCUUGAACAAUACCAUAUAGAUUUGUGUGCAAUGGCAGCAUUCCGUGAUAACGGAAUACUACAGCCAACUGAGGAAAUGUUAGAUGAUGCCUUUAGUGUAAUAACAUAUGGGCCCACGGAGAGUCAACCAAUAUUUGCGAACAAUGGCUGUAAACGAUUUACAAAACACAUUCCGUACGUGAUAGAGAAGCAUAAACAAAAAAACAAGUAGUAAUACCUAUAUAAAUAUAGGUACUUAAGAUUUUAUCAAGGAAAUUUAUAUUGAGUUGUGAUAUUUAUUAGUUUUCUAUAGCUGGAAGCUACUGAGUCUUAAGAUGUACGUUUUUUAAUGAAUUAUGUAAAUAUAGGAAUUAAUCUAAAAUUAAUUCAAGUUUAUACAAUACAUCUUUUUUAUUAAAUUGUAAUUUUAGCCUGUAUUUGAUCUUUUAGAAAUGAUUUUUAUGCAAGGCGUGGCGACGUACUGGAGCAAGCAGUAAAUAUUGUACCUAUGAAUUAUGAAAUGUAAAGCCAUAAUCAGAGUUCUAUUUUUUUAAAUUAAUAGAUUUUAAUAAAAUACAAAAUUAACAGCAAAAAAUAAGGAAUCGGUCACGCGCACCAAGAGUUCCGAAUAAAUAUUGUGACCAAACCGUAGCUGAUGAGGUUUAUAAAUACAAAAUUGUGUUAUACAUACAGAAAACAAAAAUUAUAUGCUAAGGAUUUCCCUAGUAUAGAAUAACGAUUGUUAAAUCGAAUAAUUAAGUUUGUUUGUGGAGGUUUUUGAUAUUUUUUUACCAACUGUACCUGUAAUUGUAACUUUAUCAACUGUAAUUAUUUGAAAAUCUUUACUUUAGAAAUUUCGGAGAUGAGGGGUGAGAUUUAUUUUUUACCACUUAAGCUAGUACUUGUACUUGAAAUUCUAGGUCAUAGAAAAAGAAAAUAUUUUGUAAUGUAUACUGGAACACCAGUACCUAAACGUAGCUGUUCCAGAUGUCAUUUUCAUAAUAUUAGUGGGUUCAGAAAUAAUAUACUCUGACACCAGACGGACAAAAUCGAAUCAUACUAUAACCGUGUCACGUUUAUGGUUCCUAUAUGUAUAAGUGAAUGUAAUAUAAAUGAAUACUUUCUUAAGCUCUUAACAGCCUUUAUAUUUACGUUCUCCUCAUCUGCAUGUCAUUGCGUUUUUUUUUUAUAUUUAUUCACCGUUACGUCUUGAAGGCUUAGUGCAGGUAUUGUUUUACCAAUAAUGAACUGACACCUUUAUUUAUAUAGGCACAGUUAAAGUACAUAUUAUAAUGUAUGUGUACUUUAACCUGUAUAUUUUUAAAUUAUAGACUAAGUUUUUUAAACCACAGGUUUAAUUUUUUUUUCUGUUUUAAUAAUUAUGUAUAAUAACCAAUUAACAAAUAAAUAUACAUAUUUAUUUACCUGUAAGUAUUACCAAUCUGUGUUUCAAAAGUAAUUUAUACAUUUUACAUAGCAAGUGCCUUAUAGUUGGAAAGGUACAAAUGCAUGGAUAAAAAAUAAAAACAUGAUUACCGUAGAUAAUAAAGAAUACUUGAAAAAUAUUGAGUCACGAAAUGAUGUAAUAUAAUUUAACACUUUAAGACCGG